CUGUUUGUUUCAAUUCCCAAAACCAUUCCCUUUCGCUUCACACCCAUAAAAAAAAGUUGAGUUUUUUAUUGAACCAAAAGGCUGAAAGUUACCAACUGUUUUCCUCAAAGGGUUUCUUCAAAAUGUGGACUUUGGGACAUGACGAUAAUGGUGCACAAUUUUGCUUCUCUCAGCCCUUUCAUGGCGGCCGCAAGCUUCGCCCUCUUGUCCCUCGCCCCUUGCCUUCUCUUCGCCUCAAUGCUGCCAACCUCCCUCCACAAUAUUACCAUCUAGCUAAUCUUUUGAAUGAUCAAAGCAAGAGAGAGUUGUUGAAUAAUGAUGAUAAUGGUUUAUCUUCUCCACCGGUAACGGUAAGCUCGUCAAGGUGGAAUCCAACGCCGGAGCAGUUGAGAAUUUUGGAGGAGCUUUACCGGCGGGGGACACGAACGCCGUCCGCCGACCAAAUCCAACAUAUCACCGCUCAGCUCCGCCGCUUUGGCAAAAUUGAAGGCAAAAAUGUGUUCUAUUGGUUUCAAAAUCAUAAGGCUAGAGAGCGGCAAAAACGACGGCGUCAAACGGCCGCUGAAGAACACAAAUAUUCAGACACAGAAAAAGGGUACGAAAUUGAACAGACAAAGACGAACCGGCCUCGGCCAACUCCACCACCCUCUAACCUCUGCAGUAAUACCACACUUUCACAGGAAUGUGCAAAAAUCCAAAGAACAACAAAAGUAGUGGAAUUGGAAGAAGAAGAAGAAGAAGAAAGGAGAAGAGAUGGAACAUGGAAUAAUGACACAGUGAAUUGUCAACUCAUAAACCUUACAAGGAACACCCGACAUCUAAACAGUGUCAUCGAACCCUGCAACGAUCCAACACGAUACAAUAUUGUUAACGAUGACGAGGAAUCUGAGACGACGACGCUCCAGUUGUUUCCUCUGAGCAGCAUGAAGUACUGCAAAUACGAGAGCGAGAAUGAGAACGAAAGGGAGGAACGACAAGACGAUCGGCUGGAUUCGAACAUGAUCAGGAGCUCGACGUCCACAUUUUCUCCCGGUUGUUUCAAGUUCUUUGAGUUUCUUCCUCUCAAAAACUGAUUUUGUUGACUUAUUUUGUUACCAUUAUAGGAAUGGAAGAGAUGAGACGUGUUCUUGAUUUA